UGAGCCCCCUCCCCUGCCCCGUCCCCGCAGGCGGGCCCCCGGCUGGAGGGGCUGCGGGGCCGCGCGCCCGGCUGCACCUGGGACUCGCUGCGGAACUCGGCGGGCGAGAAGAUCGUGCAGCUGCGGAGCCACCCCCUGGCACCCAUGGGUGCGGGCGCCUGCGCCCUCCUCCAGGAGCUCUCCGAGGAGCAGAGCUUCGCCAUCAGCUACCUCGACAUCGACGCGUUGAGCCUCAGCGGGCUGCACCAGUGCCUGGUGGAGCUGUCGACGCAGCCGGCCACCGUGUGCCACGGCGCUGCCCCGUCCCGCGACGGCGCCCGCUCGCAGGCCGCCCGCAACGCCCUGCAGUACCUCCGCAUCAUGGCGGGGGGCAAGUGAGACCCCCCC